AUGGCACAAGCUUGUGACAGCACCGUCUCAUCGCGGCAUAUAAGCCGGAAAGCUUAUCGACAGAUGAAGGUAAUGGUUGCGCUUUUCAUCUGGCUCGGACUCUUCCAUUUCAACACCAUAGCUGCAGCUAUUGCCAUCUAUCACCUCCCUAGCAAAACGUCGGUGGCAGUCCUUGUCGUAUUGGUGACGCUGGUGAUUAUUCCUGUGUCCGAGUCCGAAUUCGGGAUUAAGGUUGCUUCCUUUAUUGCCAGAACUGCCUCGACAUACUUUCCGAUCAAUAUGAUAUACGAGGACCGCCAGGCACUGGAUCCCAACAAGGCGUAUAUUGUUCGUUGGCCCGUCACCUUCCAGCCUGCUCUCGCAACACCGCCACACGUCAGCAAGCUGCUCGCCCUCCUCCUCCCCGCUCAUCAGCCCCAACCUCGGCGCCUGCAGCCGCAGAUCGACCUGCAAUUCCUCAAGCCACUUGGGAGGCCGUUCCUUCCUGGGAUUGGCCUUCCUUCUUCAGCCCGGCAGUCUCACCUGGCCCUAUUCUCCGCCGAAUCCCCUCCCGCAUCCGACUCCUCAUUCUCGAUGCACUUCUCAUUCCACUGCGCCGCCUUGCACAACAUCCUUCUGACGUCGCUGCACACCUCAUUCUCUUGGCAUUUCCGCGUCUCCUACUGCGCCUACCUUCUGCCGCUGCUCCCACACAGCCCCUUACCUCUUCAUGUGCUGCCUUAG